UUUCAUGUCUUUAAAGUGGCAUCAACAUCACAGACACCAUCACGACACGUGGCAGAUAAAUUCCUCAUUCGGAGACAAUGGCAAACGUGAAUCGUGUGCAGAAUGGAGAAGCAUCAGCUUUCAUCGGUGAGCAAUGCUGCUCUGUGAGCACAGCUGACCAGAGUCAACAGUCAUUGGGGCCAGCAGCAAAGAGCAGUGACCCUGGAAUGGACCUCUCCCAAAAACAGAGCUUCACUAUCUUUCAGAAAGGUGAGUGCAGUAUUGCUGGCCUCCUCAUUCAUUCAACCAAUGAGAAGAUGAGCAUUUACCAAGCAAAGGUGAAGGGGUUGUUGCAGCCAGGAACAGCAAUGAUGCUGUUAGAAGCACAAGCAGCUACUGGCUUCAUCAUUGACCCAGUGACCGAACAAAAGUUGUCUGUGGAUGAGGCUCUCCAGGAGGGAAUCAUUGGGACAGAUGUAUAUGAUAAGCUAGUGUCUGCAGAAAAGGGGGUAGUGGGUUAUAAAGACCCUUACACUGGGGACCUCAUCUCCCUCUUUGAGGCUUUGAAGAAAGACCUGGUUGUACGUUCACAUGGAAUCCGUUUACUGGAAGCCCAGAUAGCAACAGGGGGCAUCAUUGACCCCUUCUCUGGCCAACAUAUUUCAGUCGAUGCGGCCUAUCAACGAGGGAUAUUUGAUGAGGAGAUCAACAAGAUCCUCUCUGACCCCAGUGAUGACACCAGAGGAUUCUUUGACCCCAACACACAGGAGAACCUCAGUUACCUAGAGCUGAAGCAGAGAUGUGUGACUGACCCAAAGACUGGGCUGUGUCUGUUGAUUGUUACGGACAAAGUGGUGAAGGGAAUCCAGCUUCACAUCGAUGAAAAGAUCAAGGCAGUCUUCAAAAAGACUUUGGUUUCAUUAAAAUUCGGCAGGUUCAGAGACCGGAAAGCAACUCUUUGGGAAAUCAUCAAUUCUGAAUACUUCACUGCAGAUCAAACCAAGGAGUUUGUUGGAAAGGUCAAAACAGGAGAAUGUACAAUUGAGACAAUUAUCACCAACCUGACCACAACCAUUGAACAAACAGAAAGGAAGAAGAAGGGAGUGAUGUUUCAUGGUCUAAGACGAAAGGUAUCUGCUCAGCAGUUAUUGGAAAGCAACAUUAUUAAUGAGAAUUUGUUCCAAAAACUUGACAAAGGACUCACCACUACAGAAGAGGUUUUACAGCUCCAGUCCGUGAAGAGAUACCUGAAAGGAACCUGUAGCAUUGCUGGGGUCCUUGUGGAGUCAACCAAUGAGAAGAUGAGUAUCUACCAGGCAAUGAAGAAGAAUCUUCUGAUGCCAGGAACAGCCUUGAUCCUGUUGGAGGCGCAGGCUGCGACUGGAUUCCUCAUCGAUCCAGUGACGAAUGCAAAGUUCACUGUUGACGAGGCAGUAAACAACAGACUUGUUAGUGCAGACCUCCAUCGGAAACUGCUGUCUGCUGAAAGAGCUGUGACUGGCUACAAAGAUCCCUACACAGGGAAUGUGAUCUCCUUGUUUCAGGCCCUGAAGAAGGAUCUGAUCGUGAAAGAUCAUGGGAUCCGUCUCCUUGAGGCACAGAUUGCCACAGGAGGCAUCAUUGACCCUGUGAACAGUCACCGACUGCCUGUCGAUGUGGCCUACCAACGAGGAAUGUUUGAUCAGGAGAUGAACAAGAUUCUCUCUGACUCCAGUGAUGACACCAAAGGAUUCUUUGACCCCAACACUAAAGAUAAUUUGACCUACCUGCAGCUGAUGGAGCGAUGUGUGAUGGAGCCAGAAACUGGGCUCUGUCUGUUGUGUCUGAGGGACCUGCGUUAUAUUGACAAUCAAGCAAUCAUUGCCUUUCAAAAAGCCACCAUCUCCAUCAAAAAGGGGAAAUUCGAAGGAAGAGCCAUGUCAAUCUGGGAAUGUCUCAACUCAGAUUACAUCACAGACAUUAAGAGACGAGAGAUUGUACAAGAAUUCACCUCCAAAAAAUUAACAAUUGAACAGAUCAUUACCAUUAUCAUCAACACCAUUGAAGAGAGAGAACACAGAACUCAGACGAACAUUACGGUUGAUGGCUUCAGAAAGAAAAUCUCUCUCACGGAGUUGCUGAAAUCUGAAAUCAUUGAUAGCCAGACAUUUGAAGAAGUCCAGACAGGCAACUUGACAGUUACAAAUCUUCUCAAGAGGUCCUCUGUACAGAAAUACCUAGAGGGUGACAGCAGCAUUGCUGGGGUCCUUGUGGAGUCAACCAAUGAGAAGAUGAGUAUCUACCAGGCAAUGAAGAAGAAUCUUCUGAUGCCAGGAACAGCCUUGAUCCUGUUGGAGGCGCAGGCUGCGACUGGAUUCCUCAUCGAUCCAGUGACGAAUGCAAAGUUCACUGUUGACGAGGCAGUAAACAACAGACUUGUUAGUGCAGACCUCCAUCGGAAACUGCUGUCUGCUGAAAGAGCUGUGACUGGCUACAAAGAUCCCUACACAGGGAAUGUGAUCUCCUUGUUUCAGGCCCUGAAGAAGGAUCUGAUCGUGAAAGAUCAUGGGAUCCGUCUCCUUGAGGCACAGAUUGCCACAGGAGGCAUCAUUGACCCUGUGCACAGUCACCGACUGCCUGUCGAAGUGGCCUACCAACGAGGAAUGUUUGAUCAGGAGAUGAAUAAGAUUCUCUCCGAUGCUGGGGAUGACACCAAAGGAUUCUUUGACCCAAAUACUAAAGAGAACUUGACCUAUCUGCAGCUGAUGGAGCGAUGUGUUAAAGACCCAGAGACUGGGCUCUGUCUGUUAAAGUUGACAAACAAGGGAGUAAAGACUCAGCAGAUUUACAACAGGGUAGAAAUUGAAAAAGCUUUUAGAGACGAAGUAAUAACUAUGACAUGUGGUCCAUUCAAGGGCAAGACUGUCUCAGUGUGGGAACUGCUCCAUUUAGAGUAUUUCACUGAGGAAAAGAGGAAUGAGCUGAUUGCAAAGUACAAGAGGAAGGAGAUCAAUAUGAAGACCAUCAUCAAAAUUAUCACCACAACUAUUGAGCAAACUCAGACAGAGACAGUCACUGUGACUACUUCCAAUACUGUCACAUGUGCAGUUCCUCAGCUCCUCACUGCUGAAGAGGUAGAAGCAGCAUUGAGAAAGGAAAUCGUGUGCUUUCCUGUGUGGUGCUUUCUCCAUUCUCAACUCUUCACUGAAAAGAAGAGAAAUGAAUUGUUAGAGAAAUACCGAAACAAGGAGAUAGAGCUCGAGACAAUCGUCAAACUCAUCCGCACAAUCAUUGAGGGAACUCAAACACAGAAAGAAACAUCAAUCACCUUUUUAGGUUUCCGCUCGGAAAUUACUGCUGAAGAACUGGUGGAAUCUAAGAUCAUUGAUGAACAAACAUUUCAGGAUCUGCAGACAGGGAUGAAGACUGUGCAAGAUGUUAGUGAGUUGGAAUCAGUAAAGGUGUAUCUCCAGGGAUCAGACAGCAUUGCUGGGGUCCUUGUAGAGUCAACCAAUGAGAAGAUGAGUAUCUACCAGGCAAUGAAGAAGAAUCUUCUGAUGCCAGGAACAGCCUUGAUCCUGUUGGAGGCGCAGGCUGCGACUGGAUUCCUCAUCGAUCCAGUGACGAAUGCAAAGUUCACUGUUGACGAGGCAGUAAACAACAGACUUGUUAGUGCAGACCUCCAUCGGAAACUGCUGUCUGCUGAAAGAGCUGUGACUGGCUACAAAGAUCCCUACACAGGGAAUGUGAUCUCCUUGUUUCAGGCCCUGAAGAAGGAUCUGAUCGUGAAAGAUCAUGGGAUCCGUCUCCUUGAGGCACAGAUUGCCACAGGAGGCAUCAUUGACCCUGUGCACAGUCACCGACUGCCUGUCGAUGUGGCCUACCAACGAGGAAUGUUUGAUCAGGAGAUGAACAAGAUUCUGUCCGAUGCUGGGGAUGACACCAAAGGAUUCUUUGACCCAAAUACUAAAGAGAACUUGACCUAUCUGCAGUUGAUGGAGCGAUGUGUUAAAGACCCAGAGACUGGGCUCUGUCUCUUGCUUCUUAAAAGUAAAUAAGUUCAAUAAAGAUGAAAAUUCUAUAAACUGGA